AUGGUAGUAUUCAGGACAUUUGUCGUCACCCUUUGGGCAGUCAAGCGAGCUAUCUACACAUUCAGGAUCUGCGACGACAAUCCCCGCUUCACUUCGUACAGGGCCGACGAGGUCCUUGGUCGGAACUGGUUUGGCCAUGUGAAUUAUGAAGACCCUCACUUCAAUGUUGGCUUGCCAGUCUUCAGCAUUCAUGGAAAUCAUGAUGAUCCUGCUGGAGUGAACAAAAUUGCUAGGGAUUCCGACACCUUGAAAUGCGAGGAGGAGGAUCUAAUUCUUAAAGUCGGCGAGUGUUUGGAGGAACGCGUUAAGGAACGUUCUGUACAUCCCAGUGACACCCCACAUGGAACAUCCAGUGCACCUUCUGUGGAGGCUGCUAGAAAUAGGAGUGCUGCAGGAAUAGGAAGCACAGUUUCUUUUAGCGAUGAUGAGGACACAGCAGAGAUACUCGGCUCAAACUCUGCCACCAGAGGCCGGAAAGGAUCAUUGGGAGUUUCUAGAUCCUCCCGUGCUACUUCAGAUCUAGGAAGAAGGAAAACUUCUACAAGAGGAAGGGGCAGGGGAAGAGGAUUUGCUAAUUUGAAGCAAACUACUCUUGAUUCAGCUUUGGUAUCUCGCCAUCGUGAAAGGUUAGUAGCGGAUGUAGUCAUGAACUUGAGCUUACGGAUUAAAGUUGUCAAACUCCAAUGUCCCAUAUCCUGAAUCAACUAGCUAAAGAUUAUUUGCAUUCUCAAGUGAUCUGGCUUUGCAAUUGAAGUGCUUCAGGGAAAUAAUAAGCAUUAGCGUCUGGCAUAAUAUGUGGAUACGGUAGGCUCUCUGAUAGUGAUGAUUUGUCUGUAUGGAUUAAAUUAAAAUAUGGUAUUUUCAAAUGGCAAUCUGGAUAGUCAUUUGUUGAGAUCGUUAAAUUGAAUGUGCAGAGCUUUUGUACUCAGAGAACUUGGAUAGAGUGCAAUGUAGUAAUCUGUGGACAAACUAAUACCUGGAAAAGUGCCAGCAUUAUAGCAUAUAAGUUAUAGCUCGCUCACUGUGUGUGUAUGUGUAUGAUGACCGGCUUCCUAUGGCUUAAAUUAAGCCUUUGAAAGAACAAGGAUGUGAAAUUGACUGAUGUCCGUAAGCAUCUGUAUUGAGUCUGCAAUACCCCCAAAACUUCUUGUUUACAUGGGUUUUUAACUUUAAAUGACGGGAUGCCUUUCUUGCCGCCAGUGGUUUAUAAAGCCAUGUAUAGGGAGGGAGAGAUGUUAAUGUUGAUGCCUAUAUCCCUGUGAGUCCUAGGAGCUCAUCUCAAUUCCUCAUCUCCUCUCUCUCUCUCUCUCUCUCUCUCUCUACAUCUGUUGAGACCUGAGACCCCACAAGUGGUGGGUUGCUCUGCAUCUGGAUCUCCCCAAGAUUUGAAGCAGAGAGGUGUCCAAGGCUCUCCUCUCUCUCUCUCUCUCUCUCUCUCUCUCUCUCUCUCUCUCUUCAGAGUCGAGUGAGGUACUUUCUUGAAACACGGUCACUCCUCCUUUUCCUGACUCCUGUUCUUGUUCUUGCUCUGUUUCGCAACUGUUCAUUUCCUUCUUUGGUACUUUGCUUUUCUUCUUCCUUCUCUGUCGCACGUAACGCAGAUCCCGUUGACAUUUGACCCCACCUUCGUCCAUUUCGCUCUUCUCCGUUCUCUUCCAAAGUAAUUCGCAGAGGAUCUGGUUGUUCUUGGGUGUAAACUUCGUUUCUUGUUCUCUUCUUGAUCCUAGCUCCGCAAAUUCAGUUGACCAGUCAUUGCUUAUCACAGUUAGAUUUUGUUUGAGCAAGGACUAGAUGGAUCGUCACAAAUUUACUGAUUCUUGGGUGGUAUCCUCAGAUUUAGUUGCCCCUCGGCAACAGAGUACUAUCACUUCGAUUGCACUCUGCAUUCUUUAUGUUUCCUGUUUCUGGUCAGAAAUAUAGUGAAGUCACCUUUCCUAUUCUUUCCCUGGACCCCGCUACUAAUAAAGAUGUUCACUUAUUAAAAUAUCCCAUAUAUGUAGGCCGGGAACAGAGGAAGGGGUCAGAUUUAUCCCGAUGGGAGCAAGAGUAACAAUACAGUUUAUAAUUGGUUUGCUAAUUAGGUUCUGCUUUAGUCAAAACUCAGGUGGAUGUGACGCUAUAUACUUUGGUGGGCGUCCAUUUCAAUGAAGAUCUUUCGAGUUCUAACUUUUCCUUUUGUUGCCUGUUCUCUUUUAAUUGUGAGUUUUUCUUGUUGAAAGUCAACAGUUAUUCUGAAGAGAGAACAUCAAUGAAUAAAAGUAUUAUCAACAGCUGAAUUGGGGAAUGCCUCUCAUCUCAAGGAAUUAUGAAAUCACAUGAAGCGCGUCCAAUUAGUUUGCUUUCCUUGAUUAUCUGU